CGAAAUGUGCCCCACACGUCCACAAUUGUGUGUCCGCAAAGUCUCUCUAUUUCUUUUCUCCUCUCAUAAGGUUAAAAAAAGUUUCAAGGAUCGACAAAGGUCAGACGACGUAACUGCCAGACACUUAAAUUUCCAUAUCUCCGUUUGCGGACAAACAAUUGCGGACGUAUGCAAAAAACAUUUGCGGACGGAUGGGGGAAUAAUGUGAUCAACCUUUUAAUUUUUGUGAUUUUUAAUAAGGAUAGAGACUUUAUUAAAAAAUGACAAAACAACAACCAAAGCAACAACAACACCAAUUUUAUUCUUCAACUUUAAUUGCUUCAAUUAAAGACAACCAAAUAUUUAUUCCAGCAUUUGUUACGUUAAUUAUUUUGGUUAUUACUUCUCUGGUAUUUUUCUUCUAUAAACGUAGCAAGGCAAAGGCUAAUACAAUUUUGAUUAUUGGACCGUCGGGAUCUGGAAAGUCUACAAUUUUUGGAAAGCUCGUUAAUCAAAAAAAUGAAUGGUCUACAGUUUCUUCUGUUCAAGAAAACAUUUAUUCUGACUAUCUUUGCAAAGAAGGAUUGGACAAACCUUUCAUUUUGGUAGAUUAUCCAGGUGCUGAAACCUUCCGAAAGGCUUUAUUUAAUAAAUGGUUUAAUGAGCAAAUUAAUUCUGUUUGUUGUGUUAUUUUUGUGGUUGAUAGCGCUACUUUUUCGAAAAAGGACGUUGCUGAGUAUCUUUAUGAUGUUCUUUAUGAAACUAAAAAUACAAAGAUUCCGGUUUUGGUGGUUUGUAACAAGCAGGAUUUGGCUCAUGCUAAGGCUGGACAGUUAAUUGAGAAAUUAAUUGAACAAGAAUUUGGUUUAAUUAAUAUUUCUCGUGAAGCUGCUCUUUCGCUUACUGAAGGGUCUGGUGAUUUAUCUUUGGCCGAACAACAAAAAAUUUUGACAAAUAAUGGACAGGAAUUUAAAUGGGAAAAUUUGAAUGAUGGCAAGAAUAAGAAGGAACGUCCACUUUUUGUUGAAUGUAGUGCUAUUGAACAGGAGAAAGAAAAUAAUGAAUUUUCUUUGGAUCCUUUGCGUAAAUGGAUUGGUGAAAAAUGUAGCUGUUUUUAG